GUGAGCUUUUGCAUGCAAAACUUUAAAACAAAACAAUUUUUCUUUUGCUCGAUAGUGUGAUUGGUAGAACCAGUAAUGCUGAAAAGAUAAAUUGGGCUGAUGCUCUUACCCAAAUCGGUUUGCAUUUGUACCUAAUAAUACAGCUGGGGAAUUUUACGGACGCAAACUGAGUGAAGUACCUUGAUCAGGGGUGCAACAGCAGUGUCUCACCUGGGACUUGAGCUACCCACAGGCUUCCAGUUACGAGUCCAGAGUCCUGCUCAUGCUCUACCCUGGUUUAAUGUACUAAGGCUUCAAAGACCUCUUAUUUCAAAGGAGAGGAAAAUGGUUCCAUGCGGUUCUGCCUGUGUGCUGCCCUGUGGAUGAUGCUGAGCAAUAAUUGGGAGUGACGGGGCAUGUGGGGCACUGUGGACGUGGCUUGAAAUUAAUUAGGAAGGUGAAUGAAGCUGGGAGGACACCAGCCAACGGGCUGGCAAUGGAGCAGAUCGCCCCUGCUGACAGAGGGCACAAGGCAAGCUGGAUGGCAUAAUGCAGAACAAGACAGGGAAGUGUGACAGAUGCAGAAAGAGUGGACCUGAAGAAUCGGAGAGGGCAGUUUUAGGCUGCGUUACCAGUCUUAAAAUCUUUUUGCCGUUUAUGACUUUUAGAGCAGCGAUGAUAAAAAUAUACAUGUCGGGCGCCCCCCAUGUCUCCAGAGCUGCUCAACCCCCUCCCCCCGUGAAGUGUUCAGGAUUUUUUUUUAAAUUCUGUUGUUAAUUUUUCUUCCCCCAUGAAAAUCCAGAGGGGUAUUUAAUUAACAAGAAAGCAAUAGCUAAGACAGUUUGAAGCUUGGUAGCAUUAACAAAAUCAAUAUUUUAUUCCAGUGGGCACUUCAAACAAAAGAAGUUGCCACUUAUCAGCUUGGUUGUAAUUUUGGAAGGUUCUGAUAUCACAAUAUACAGUGCUUCAUCAAGUCUUUAGAGAGAGGGGGGACUUCAUUUGAGCCUGAUGAAACUGCACUUUGAUUACAAAUGUAUAUUCUAGUGCCGGCAGUCCAGGGGUUAUUCUUGCAGACAAAGUACAUUUCUAAUAAUUUUGGACACAUUCUCAUUUCUCCAUCUCUGUCAGCUGUCAUGAUUUGCUGGGAGAUGUAGUUAAAGAGUUAACUGCGUGAACUCAAUUUCCAAGCGAUUCUGAGCAAUCGCACUUGCUUUUCCACAACGCUAUUUCUAUGUACAGAGAAACUAAUAAAAAACUAUUAUUAACUGGUCUUAAAAGGAAAGCUUGUAUUUCUGCUUUCCCCAAAACCAUUAUCAAAUCUGAUUUAAAAAAAGAAAGGUCAGCUACAUGCAAAAGUCCUGUCCAAGGCCUGUGACAAUUUCUCUCGCUGCCCGGGCCAAGCUGGCGCAUGUGCGCAAUGUUGAGAGUCCAGACACUGCCUGCCAGCCCCGCCACCCCUAUCCGUUUCUGCACUGAGCCCGCUAGACAGACCUGCAAAUCCAGAAAUACUUACCAGGUUCCGGGCUGCCCUGCCAGUCUGCAGCAGUGGGUAUUUUUGUAAAUGCAUUGUGGCAGGCAGGCAUGCCACCCCCCGCCAUCAAGUCAUGAACAGAAGGGAAAGUGAGAUAGCAUCGAAGUCACAGAGUGCUGAGGAAAGGGUGGUACUGCCAAGAACGGCCCCAGGAGCCUGCCUGGCUACUAAGAAUAGCAGGAUACCAGCUGAGCAGUCAGACACAAACAAGGCUCCUGGACUGCACUUGUUCACAGGCUCCACAGCGUCUUGCUGAACAUGCUUCUGAAAUGCCCAGAGGCCAGCUCUCGCCUGACUCUCAUGGUGAAGCCCUGGAGCUGCUCCUCACUGACCCAGGAUGUGUGAACCCAGCCCCACUCCGCCGUCUCUCCAGGCCAGCAGGGAUGUGAUGAUGGUUGGCGUGAAGUGCGAAGAGGAGGAGGGGGAAGUGGGCCGGGAGCCCCAGGGAGCCUCGCCGUGCGACUGGACCGCUCCUGCUCCCGCGACCCGCACCGAGAGCCAGGCGGGAACGCCCCGCAACGUGCGCACGCCCUCGGAGGGCUCACCAGGAGAGGAGAGGAUGCACAGACACAGCCCAUGUGGGCAGGACGGGCCACAGAGGGGACCGGACAGGCUGGAGUUUCACCGCAACAUCAGCGAGGUGAUGCCGACCAUUGAGAAGCUGCUGAGCACCGACUGGAGGGAGAAACUGCUGGGGAAGAGCUCAGCCAGCAGUGCAGAACUGAAAGGAACCCCCGAGAGCCUGGCGGAGAAGGAGCUCCAGCUGGUGGUGAUGAUAAACCAGCUGUCCAGCCUGAGGGAGCAGCUCCUGAGCGCGCACUCCGAGCAGCGGAACAUGGCAGCCCUGCUCUUCGAGAAGCAGCAGCAGCAGAUGGAGCUGGCCAGGCAGCAACAGGAACAGAUUGCAAAGCAGCAACAGCAGUUGAUUCAACAGCAGCACAAAAUAAACCUCCUCCAACAGCAAAUACAGCAGGUGAAUAUGCCUUACGUGAUGAUUCCCGCAUUCCAUCACAAUGCACAGCCACUUCCUGUGACCUCUGACCCUCAGAUGGGGUUGCCUAUUCAGCCCAUUCCCUGCAAGCCAGUAGACUAUCCCAUGCAACUACUCCCUAACACACACUCCACCCCUGUGAAGAGGUCCAGUGGACCAGUCCACCUGCAGGAAGCACCUCAGCCACUUAACCUGACUUCAAAGUCCAAGCCCCUGGAGCUGGGGAAGACCCCCAGCCCCCAGGCCCUGGAACUGCCCCCAGGAUACGGCUCCAGCCUGGACCGGCAGCACAGCCCCCGCAGGACAGCACUCUCCCUGGGGUUCCUGGGCGAGGGCGACGUGGUGACGCAGGCCAUCCACGACGCCCGGCAGCUGCUGCGGAGCCACGGCGACGGCGAGCGGGAGAGCUCCUCCAGGAAGGACUGGAGUCAAGGAGAAGGACCCAUGCAGGGAGAGAGGACAGAAGAAGGCCAAGCCCCAUCCCGGACCACUGAGGACCACCACAGCAGCGAUUCAGAGGGUAGGUAUCCCUGCAGAAAUGGGGGUGUUGCAGUGUUGCCAUUAUGCUGGGCAUUGUUACAUACAACUCCUGAACCAUUGUUCCUUGAUCCUCAUUUUCCCUUUAGGCUAAUAGUUUCUCAAUGAGUUAGCUUG